AUGAUACAUAUAUCGACACAGGCAACCAUAAUAAUAUUGUUUUGUUUUUUAACGACCAUACAGAAUGUGCAUGCAGCACAGAGUCUUUGCUCGACCGAGAAUGUUGCAGAAAAUUCAGGAUUUGAAAAUCAAUUCCAAAGUAAUGGGUUAUGCUCGGGCCAUUGUCAAGGAUAUAAUUAUGCAAUUGUACAGAAAUAUAUGUGUUGGUGUUCCAACUCGGCCCCUUCAUCAACAACAGAUUUAAGUCAAUGUGAUACUAGUUGCCCAGGUUAUGGUUAUGAACAAUGUGGUAGUCCAGAAAAUUCUGUGUUUGGAUAUAUAAAUUUACAACAAAAUGUUCCAAUACUGCCCUCUGAGUUUAACUCCCUUUUAGAAUUGUCAUCAACAAAUACCAAAAAAAAAACAUCAACAACAUAUGUCAAACCCCUAGCAUCUUCAUCGACAGUACCAACAACAUCUAGCAAACUUUUAAGUUCGUCAUCCUCGUCUUCAACUGGUCAAGUGGAAAAGAUGACAUCUAGCACCAUUGAAACUACCACAUCAUCAAUUGUGCAAUCUCACAGUUCGACAGUUACAUCAAAAACAACUCAAACUUUGCAACCAACCACGACAUCAAGCACGACGGAAAAGAGUUCUGUUGCUAAAUUUUCCUCUUCUUCAGCAUCAAGCUCGACAAUGAGUACAUCUACAAUAACUAGUACUGCACCCACAAGUACUAGUAGUUCAACGUCAAUUUCAAUUUCCACUUCCGCUUCCACUUCCACUUCGAGCAUCAAAUUAGAUCUAUCUACGUCAUUCAUUUAUUCAAUAAUGACGGUAACAAAAGUACAAAGUGAAUCAUCCACUAAUGGUACCAUAGCAACUGCAUCAAACUUGAACUACAUGACAACAAAGGUAAUUACCACCAUUUUUACUUCACCCACCCAGAAUGCAAUGGUAAAUGCCACAAUGAAUAAUUAUAGCAACCAUACUAAUGAUGAUACACAGGGGAAAUCGCAAAAGGGUUAUUGGCAAUCACCAGGCAAAGUUGCAGGAACCUUCGUGGUAGUUGGGGUGGUGGUAGUGGUUAUAAUAGCCAUCGUUGUUUGGUACUUCUUAGUUCGUCCAAGAAACAAGAGAGAUGAUUUUGAAAGGCAAUACAAUGAUGUCGUAUUGGGUAGACCCUCCGGUGAUAAUGGUAGAAAUUCCUCAUCAGUAAGUGCCACACAUGAAUUUGUAUAUACUGAUGAAAAGGGUAUUAUACAUCCCAAGACACCAGCUACAGCACAUACUAGUUCUUUUCAUGAUGAUGCCUCAUCUGAUAUUUCUUACACAAGACCAGUGAUAAUGGACCAAAGAUUAGACCCCACACAAAUGAUGGCACAAAUUGAAAAUACAAAGUCGAAAGUAUCUCUGGCAGAUGACGUUGAUUAUUCAAGAAAAGUUUUACGUGUCAUUAACGAUUAG